AUGUUGCAGGCAUCCUCAUACAAGUUUUUGGAGACACGUCACAUGAUUUAUAAGUCUGAACCAACUCCCGCUGCUGCUAUGACAAUACCAUUCACCAUUUCGUCUCCAGCAGCAACUGUUGGUAGCUUACGUGUGGGAUUAACCAGUCCACCACCUCCCCAGCCGCCACCUUCCAGUUUUACUCCACAACCCACAGCUUCUAUUUCUGUCGUACCAUCCCAGUCUUCGCCUCCUUCCCACUCGAUUCCUUCCACCAACAGUGACACGAAUCAGCUGUCUAUCGAAACAGAACCCGUUUACUCAAAUCCUGAUAAAGCUAAUGCCGUGCAAGGCUCUCGCCGCCGAAAAGCCACAACCCCUAGUUUGCCAGGUGGGCGUCUUCGUGCGCACGUGUGUCUGGUUAUUGAUCCUGCGUCCUCGCAGCACACACAGCUCUGGCGGCAACUGUGCCCACAUUCCCCCUCCCCCUCCCGCCGAUGUUCCCAUCAUCAAGCGCGCUAUGUGCACAUUAACACGGUUCGGUCGAAUGCACGCGCGCGCGUAAAUACUCGGGUGAAGUGCGUGCGUGCGUGUGCGCUUCGCACUGACACACGCGAGCGCUCUGACCGGGCUAUGACGGUGACAGCAGAAGUGCGGGGUGAUUGGUGGGGAAAAGAGACGCCCAGUGCGGGUGGUGGUAGUGGGGGGGGGGAGAGGGUUGGCUGCACAGCGCCUGACUCACUUCCUGACGGAGCAGUCGCUUUCUCUGGGAAUUCGCCCGUGCACUCGCGACGCAAGCCGCCGAAGAAGACGUGGCGGAUUGCUGUGCGAAAACGAAUAUCGACCCGUGCUCCUGCUCGCACGCUGCAGCGCUUAGUUGGCCGUCCGCAAGCAAGCGAUUGCAAACUUAAGCAACUCAGCCACCAUACAGAUGUCUGCGCCAAAGUUGCACCCUCAGUGCUCACGUCGCGCGCGCUGGUACCUGAGUCGCCUUCUGGACCAGUGGCCAUUGAACGCGGCACGCGUAUUAAUGGAAAGCUACGCGCGUUAGCCCUAACUGUGAAUGGUGACGCUGAGGAUCUGGUGGAACAGAUGUGCAAGAAGAGGAAGUUAGAGCCACCGAUGGUGAAUGGCGAGGUACAGCAGGCAGCCACACACAUUCGCCCACAUUCGGCCAUGGUUUGCAAUGUUAAUGACCUUGUGGAGGUGCUUAAGUGUCAGCAUGCACAGCAGCAGCAGCAGCAGCAGCACGCAGCUAACGCAAUGGGCGAAGUGGAUGAGGUUUCCAACACCACUCCCAAAGUCACCACAGCCAUUAUGAUGGACGCGAAUUCGGCCAAGAACCUCGUUACUCAGUUGCUCGCAGCAGCCGCAGCUGGGCAGGGCCGAAUUGAACUCGGCGGCACCGCUCCUCUUCCCCUCUCUGGUGAGCAGGCGCUCGACAUGUCAGUAAGGCCUGCAGUCGACCCUCAGCAACCUCUGCAAACACAAGUAAAGACGGCGGAACUUAAGUUGGCGGAUCUAAUUCAAGCCGACCAAUUACAAUCAUCAACUACCAGCGGUCUUGACUCACUGCGCUCUGCUCUGAUGGCCCAGCUUACCGGAGCCGUUUUUCCGCCCCCUGCUGGAGUGCAGCAGAUCACGAUCGGCUUACCCUCUGCCCAGCCUCAGUCCACCCCAUCAUUCGAUAUCACCAAGGCCGAGGCAAACCCCGUAAAGCAAGUAUCAACAUCUCAACUGGUUAAUUUCUCUCAACUUCAAGCGCUGAUAUCGGCGCUGGCAAAUGUUAAGUCCUCAAACCCACCCAAGGACCCCCUGCAUGAGGCGAUUUCGUCCCAGAUGUUGCUCCACCCAGCCUCCUCCCUGAUCACGAGUACCACCUCCACUGCAACACCCCUUGUCGCCGCUGCAGUUGACGGUCUCAACUCCGGCGCCAUAAGCUUCUCCAGUGCCGGACUUGCACUGGCCUCUGCUCUUGCACCUCCCACGACAGCGAAUUCCCUUAAGGGAAUCAGCCUGCCAACUGGUGAAUUUAUUCCAGUGGCGAACCUGAUGCCAGGACAACCGACCGGCUUGGGUUCGUUUACCUUCACAAACUGCACUCCACCCAACAGUCUAGCUAAUUUCGUUACCAGCUUGGGUGGUGCUCCUGUGCCCACAUCUGCCUCAACUCCCAUUCACCGCUUCUCGGCUGAAACCAGCUCAACUAUCCAACAGCGGGCAGCCCAGCCAACGCAGCCACAUCCGGCACAACUGCCAUUCGAAGCGGCCCUCUUUGCGACUGCCGCCGCCGCUGCCGCCGGCAACCCCCUCAACAUUGUUGCUCAACCUGCACUGCAGUUUAGAACCCCGGCGUCCACCCAAGCCCAAUCUAUCAAUGGCUCUGUCGCCCCAGUUACGGUGGUCUCGUCUGUUUCCAGAAACGAAACGUCUCCCCUACUCAUCUCCCAGCCCCUACGCGAAGUCACCAGUUGCGCCAGUUUAGAGGAGGUUGGAGGGGGAACGGACACGGACACUUCUCUGACUACCGGCCUAGAAGGCGAAGAGGUUGGUGAGGAAGUCACGCUUGGCAGCCACCCAGAAAUUGAUGAGUCCGGAUCUCCUCUUAGCACAACGGGGAUUCGGAAACUCUCAAAGUCAAACCGUCGCUCCAGCAGUGGGCUGGGUACUCGUCCCCAUCGGCAAAAUUUCACCGCCCUUCAAAACCGCAUUCUAACUGACUGGUACAACUCCCACCACUACAAGCCCUAUCCAUCCACAGAAGAUACCAAAAUGCUUGCUCAGAAGUCCGAACUCACUUACUCCCAGGUGAAGAAAUGGUUCGCGAACAAGCGCGCCAGAACUUCAAACAAUGGUCUUCCGAAGCCAAUGCCCCCUACGGCUCCUGAUACGCCUUCGACAACGGCAAGCGACACCUCCGCGUUCGUUGCGGCUGCUGUAGCAGCUGCAGCCGCUGCCAACCAGCCGACUGUGCUUUCCAACGGCAACAGCGUGGUCCAGUCGCCUGCCAGCAGCAUCAUCGUCCCGUCCGGUCUCAUGAUCCGUCCAGCUGGGGCCACCCUGGCAGCCACUCUGGGAAACAGCGGACUGACCAUUCUGGCACCCCGACCACCACCACCGCCGCCGCCACCGCCGCAGCCGACACAAACGUUGCCGGCCACUUCCGGCACGGAGUUCCACACUUCCGAAGAGGCGUCUGCGCACCACUCUCCCGAGGUAUCAAAAGAAGAUAAUAGCGACCCCCCAGCCCUUACCUCAUCUCCAUCCUCCCCGACAAAUGAAAAACAAUCUACUGGAAAUGUGAGCGCAUCUUCUCCGACGUCUUCGUCUCCAGUUAUUAAAGAGGAAACGAACUAG